UAGGUUUGUUUGAGCCUCGUUUGUUUUAGCUAGCAGGAAGGAGGCGAUGGCACCCGUUCUGUGCUACUUGCUUCUUCUAUGGGUCUCCUACCACUGGACAGCAACCACUGAAACAACCAAGGAAACCGUGCAAGUGAUCCAGGUCACAGAAUCCCAGCAAGUUUCUUUGUCCUGCAAACUGGAUCACACUCUGACUUCAAGUGACUUAAAACUCAUCUGGCUUGGUCCAAAAAAGAAUGAAUUGCUGUAUGUAAAUGUGGGGUACCACCAUCCAGAGGCAAGACUUAAUGCUAUGUGGGGCUUGUCGAUCUACAGAAUUGUGCAAAAUACCACUUGGUUUACCUGUAAUUGGAAUGGCCAGUCAGGAAACCACCAUGUGCUUCCAAACAGAACCAGUGGAGACGACUCUGACGGCAUCCAAGAGAAAAUGAAAGCAUAUGAGAAAGAAGACUAUGAAGAUCAUAGUGGUAAUUUUUCGGAUGGAAACAGUUCUUUCCCUUAUGUCAGCCCCAAGGAAUCAGAGCGACACCAACCCCAGGAAGACCUGCUUCGUUCAGCAAUGGAUCCUGAAAAUUUUUCUUGUGAUGCCCCAGUGUUUAGAAAUUGGACAGAGGGGACACUGCUCUGGAUUCAGCAUGAUUCAGCAGAUCAAAAUACAGUUCUGAUUAAUAUGACAAUACGGCGUUCUGUUCGCUACUCACUGAAUAUGAAUGGUAGUCUUGUUUCUUUGAUCCUUCCAAGAGUAUCCCUUGAAGAUGCUGGAAACUAUUCCUGCCAGUGGAAAAAUGAGACACGCUAUUUUCAGCUAGAGGUGAUAGCAAAGACAGUUGUUUGGCAUUGGAUGAUUUGGUCUACAGCAAUGGGAUAUAUGAUUAUUUGCUUUGGCUCUGUUUUUUGCUUUCUAAGGAUCCGGCAAGUCAGCCGAGCUCGCAGGCAACAGAAGAAGCUGAUGAGUCAUAACAGGAGAAGAUAUUUUUAUGCCAAACGGAACAAAAGAUGUGUCUUCAAUCGGAUUAUGGUAUCUGCAGGAAACGAUGAUCUUACAGAACAAGUUGAUGCCUAUGAAAACAUGCCGCCAGAUAUGGGUGCACAACGUGGCCAGAGGUUACUGCAGAAAGGAAAAAUCUUACCCAAUACCCUCAAGAUAGAAGAUGAAGAAGAAUAUGAAUGCCCUGAUAGUGAAACUGAACUGAAGUCAGAUGAUGAUGAAAACUAUGAAAAUACUCAAGAAGAAGUGAAACCGGGAGAUGUAGUUUUGAAUGAUGUACUCAUUUACGAAAAUAACCAGGACAAAGUGAAGUUUGAUCUUCACAAUGGGAACUCAGCUGACUCAUGGUACUCCAACAAAACCGAGGUGGUCCUUGAGAAUUUGACGCAAGACCAAGACCCCAUUGCUGAAGACAAUGAAAACUAUAUAAAUUUGGAAGAAGAGUGUCCUAUGAACUCUGGUGCAGCACGACUUAUAGCAGGUUUACGCUUACAGCUGGCUUUGGACAUCCAUAAGGACAGGCAGGAUGGGGGCAGUGAACCUUCUAUAGGGUCUCAAUCCUAUGAAGAGAUGAAUGGAUCCUUAUGUCCCACUGCAAGCAAGCUCUUUUACCUCCAUACCAACACAAGCAAUGAAGAGGAUGCUGACUCCUAUGAAAAUAUGGAAAGCCCCACAAACCUCAACUCACGGAGAGAUGGCACCUUGGAUAAACAUGGAGAAGAUUCUCCCUCAGGCUCCAGAUGGCAGCACAUCUCUGUUCCUUAUGGAAGUGAUUUUAGAGGUGGGCUGCUAUGCUCAGACUAGUAUUGCCACAGCACAAGAACAAGCUGGGAUCAAUUCCUUCCUUCUCUAAAUCAAAGAUAUUUCUACCCAAGAAUUCUACUCUGUUGUCCCAAGAGAUAGGGAACGUGUUAGAUGUCAGUUCUUUUACAAGAGAAGAAAACCCUGGUAGAUUAAACUUGUGUCUGAUGUCUAGCAGUUGGAGCGGUGAAGAAUGGCAGAGAGAUUUUUGAAGGAGGUGUGGGUAGAAACUUGCAUUUUUCAAUUGCUCAGAGACUUUGAAAAUGUUUCUUUUGUUUCACAAUUACUUCCAAGCAAACGUGGACAUUUUAAAAAAAAUAAAUAAAAAGCAGUUUAGGGGUCUGAUGAAUCAACAAUUGGCAAAUGGCUCAGAGAAUCAGAGAAAUCAGAGAAAUUACUCAGAGAAUCCAGCUCUGGAAUAAUGAAGUUGCUUGCUGAUUUAUUAAUUCUUAUGAUAAGUAUGAAAACACCCCUUCUUCAUUUAAGACUGUGUUGAUUGAUGAGCAUGACAAUCAUAAAAUCACCCUUCAUUUUCAGACACUGAAACAGCAUUUCAAGCAGGAAGCAUACGGUUAUAAAUGCUCUUUCAACAAAAGGAUCAGUGCAUACUUUGCUAAAUAAUUGUUUUAACUGGAAAAGAUAUUCAACUUUGGUGAUGUGCCUAUACUUGCAAAGAUCAGAAUUGCGCAAACCUUAAUAUUCUCUGGAUAUUUUAGGAAAGCGAAAGUUUGACUUUAAAAAAAAGCAGGCCAGGAAGAGGAGUGAUGCUUUCGGGACUUGUGUGUUGAAGAAGCCUCAUCAUGAGAAUACUGCGGCCAGCCAGGAAAAUAAACAAAUUAGUCAUUGAACAAAUCAAUCCAGAAGUCUCACUUAACCCACAAAUGACCAGACUCAAAUUAUCCUACUUUGGACACACUAUGUAAAGAUCUGACUCUCUUGAAGAAGGAUGUAAUGUGGGGAAAGGUAGAAAGAAACAGAAGAAGAGGAUGACCAGGAGUAAGGUGGAUGGACUGAAGGACUGGAUUAGGUGCGGGUCUUCAUACAGAAAAUCUGUCCAGGUGGGUUCUAAGUGGAACCAACUUGAUGGCACAUAAUCAAAUCAAUUUUUUAAAGGGCAAAAUCUGUGAGGGAUUUUGGUGAAGGGUAUAAGAAGCUACAGUCAUUAGACAUGCAUGUGUCAAGAAAAACAAGA